CCUGAUUCUACUAAUCCAGCACUGCAGGACAUGAGGCAUCAGGAACCAGCAGCAUGAAAUUUUUGAUGAAUGGAUGUUUACUUUUAGCCACAUCAGAUGGUUCUACAAUUGAAAUGAUUGAAGAAAUAGGUCAGGAUAACAUGUUUCUGUUUGGUUCAACAGUGCAUGAAGUUGUUGCAUUGCGGGAGAAAGGACCCGCUCUUAAAGUUCCUCUUCAAGUUUUGCGUGUUGUAAGGAUGAUCCGAGACGGUCAUUUUAGGUUAAAAGAGUAUUUCAAAUCUUUGUGCGACAAAAUAGAGGGUGUGAAUGACUAUUUUCUACUUGGUGCGGAUUUUGCAAGCUAUCUAGAGGCCCAGGCAGCCGCUGAUAAAGCGUUUGUUGAUGAAGAGAGAUGGACUAGAAUGAGUAUACUUAGUGCAGCUGGCUCUGGGAGAUUUAGCAGUGAUAGGACAAUCCAAGAGUAUGCUGAAAACGCCCUCACAUGUGGUGUGGGAUUGGUUUUACAUAUAAAUCUACAUUCAAUAAUAUCGGGACGUGAAUUGAUUCGCAAUAAGACUAUUCCUUCCUUGACUGAGGUGUUUGAGGCCUUGCUAGAAGCCCUUCAAAUACGUCACCUUCAUUUCCCAAGGGCUAACUAA